AUGUCGGUCGGUCGAACGCCGAUAAAAACGACGGUGGAUCCCGAGCAGGUGAAGAUGCUCAUCCACCAACGCGGAGUGGUGAAAGGGAAAGUGACGAAAAUCCACAAUACGCUCGAGAAUGCUGAAGACCAUCCGGAGUUAGUGAGUGUGCCCCUGCUGAAAGUGUUCCAGAAGAAGUUGGAGAUGCACUACAGUGAAUAUGAGGCAAUCCAUCGUGAAGUGUUGUCAGUGACGCCGCCAUCCAAGGUUGAAGAGCAGGAUGAAAAGCUGGAGGAGUUUGACAAACUGCACACCGAUGCCUUGGUCAGGCUGGAGCAGCUGAUGGAGAGUCUCACCAAGCAACCUGCCACCGCGAAUGUCAACGCUGGGACAGCACCUCCCGUUGUGGUGCAGCAAUCCCUCAAAGCUCCGAUAUCCUGCUUUGAUGGGAAGACCGAGAACUGGCCAAAGUUCAAGGCAAUGUUUUCGGACGUGGUGUGCAACAGCAGCGACUCGGAUGCCGUCAAAUUGCAUCACUUGGACAAGGCCCUUGUCGGUGAUGCCGCCGGACUCAUCAACGCCAAGAUGAUCACCGACAACAACUUCAAGGAAGUUUGGAGGCAGCUGACCGAACAGUUCGAGAACCCGAGAGUGAUUGUGGACAUCCACGUCGAGGGAUUGAUUCGUCUGAAGCCGAUAGCGAAGGGAAGCUACAAGGAUCUUCUGGAGCUGAUCAAGACCUGCGAGCGCCACGUAGCUGGGCUGGAGUACCAGGGACUGAAGGUGGAUACCCUCUCCGGCAUCCUCAUCACCAAGCUGCUGACGUCGCGGCUGGACAACCACACCCUCCAGCUGUGGGAGCGCAACCAGAAGCACGGUAAGUUACCCGACUUCAGCGAUACGAUGCGAUUCUUGAAAGAUACUCCACCCAAGCCUCAACCCAAGUCUUUUAACCAAAAGGUCCAUUCUGUCACAUCCUCAACCCAAUCAAGCCGAUGUCAGUUUUGCAAUGAAGACCACCGUCACUAUGAAUGUCCGAAGUUUAACCAAAUGUCUGUUUCUGAGCGUAUCACCAAGGUGAAGGAGUUGAAGAUCUGCUUCAAUUGCCUUCGGCCUGGACAUCGAGUUAUCGAUUGUUCCACCAAGAGAGUUUGCACGAAGUGUAAGAAGCGACACCAUACGCUUCUACACGAAGAAUCUUCUUCUAAGCCCCAGUCUGAACCCCUUCCUCAGAAGAAUGAUUCUCCAAAGGUUAACGCGGAAGUGAGCAAUACACCCAAACCCCCAACGUCAGCAGCCCCAAAUACCUCGUGCUCGUGCAGUAAUCCCCAAACCGUGAAAACCGUGAUGCUGUUGACGGCCGUUGUUAACCUCGAAGAUUGUCGUGGUAAUGUGGUUCCAUGCCGCACCCUUUUGGAUAGUGGAUCCCAAGUGUGCUUCCUGUCAGAAGUUAUGGCCAACCGAUUGUCCAUUCCCCGUGAGUCUGUAAGCGUUCCGGUUACAGGAGUUAGUGAAGCCAAGUUCUAUGCCCGUGAGAAGCUGAACGUGUCAGUUUCCUCCAGGUAUUCGAACUUUUCUACUACCGUCGAGUGUCUGAUUGUACCGAAGGUUACCGGAGUUAUCCCAUCGUCGAAGAUUGAUAUCUCCUCCUGGUCGAUUCCAGCAGGGAUAUAA